GAUGAAAGAAGUUUUAAGUCAAAAUGUCAGCUUAAAAUUUCAGUACAGAGGAAAUCUUUGGACAGCACUGAAGAUGACAUGUUACUUAGAAAAGUUAAUAUGUAUGACGUUGAGGAAGGAUUUUUCCUUCAAAGCUAGACUGAGCUGAUUCACCACGCUGAAGGGGAUGAAGAAGGCAGGAGCCAGACGAACGACCAGGUCUGAGAGCUCACGUCACGUCAGCACCGCUGACACAGCUGUGUGUGUGUGUGUGUGUGUGUGUGGCACUAAAGCCAGCGGCUGAUGGAAGAAAGAGCCGAGCGCACAGAGCAGCAUGGAGUUGAAUUAGAACAGAAUGACUCUUGAUGUCUCGAUGCGUCUCUCGCGGGAUUUCAGUGAUGAGGUGCCUCCUGUCGUGGAUCCUGUUGGUAACCGGUGGACUCCAUCAGGUCUUAUCCCAAAGUCCCACAGUCAUUCCACUUGCGAACACGGACCUGGACCUGUUUAACAGGACACAGUACUGUAAGUGGCCCUGUAAAUGUCCUAAGGUGUCCUCCGUGUGCCCUCUGGGGGUCAGUCUGCUCACAGACGGCUGUGACUGCUGUAAGGCCUGUGCUAAACAGCUGGGAGAAACCUGCAACGAGAGAGACACAUGUGACUACCAUAAGGGGCUGUACUGUGACUACAGCGCUGACAAGCCUAGGUACGAAAAAGGCGUGUGUGCAUAUCUGGUCGGGACAGGCUGUGAGUAUAAUGGUGUGAUCUACCGUAAUGGGCAGAGCUUUCAGCCUAGCUGUAAGUACCGCUGCUUGUGUGUAAAUGGGGCAAUCGGGUGUGUGCCUCUGUGCACUGACUCCCUGCCGCCUCGGGGGUGGUGUCAGUUACCCAAGCUGGUGAAGAUUCCAGGCCGUUGCUGUGAGCAGUGGAUCUGUAACGAGCCUCGAAAAACACGCAGGACGAGCCCAAGGCAUGCUGUGGAGGUGUCUCUAACCACCAAUGAGAUCUGGCACAACAACUGCAUUAUCCAGACUACCCCUUGGAGCCCGUGCUCAAAGACCUGUGGGCGGGGCGUAUCCACGCGACUCUCCAAUGACAAUUCCCAGUGCGUGAUGGAGAAUGAAAGCCGGCUAUGUAACCUCAGGCCCUGCGACGUGGACAUAACCAAACAUUUUCGGCCAGGGAAGAAAUGCCUGAACAUCUAUCGUGAGCGUGAAUUUCAGAACUUCACCAUCUCCGGCUGCAUCAGUAAGAAGCCAUACUGGCCCAAAUACUGCGGAGUGUGUUCAGAUGAGCGCUGCUGCAUCCCUUACAAGUCGAAGACUAUCGAGGUGGAGUUUGAGUGUCCCAAUGGAGCAGUGUUCACCUGGAAGUACAUGUGGAUCAACGCAUGCUUCUGCAACCUCUCCUGCAGAAACCCCAAUGAUAUCUUCGCUGACCUGGAGCCUUACUAUGAGCACAAUGAGAUCAUGAACUGAGACUGAGAGGAGCGAUGACCACAGAUUUUCCACUUUAUAUAACAAUGUGCUCCACUAGAAUCAGUGCUGGCUGACGAGAUCAGUGAUUAUAGAUCAAUUCAACAGGUCAAAGCUAGAAUCUUUCACUGAUGUGUGUUCAGAUAAUUCAUAUAUAGAAUGAAUGCACAUUCUGGGUAGGUAUUACUGUGCCACAUUCACAUUCUGUGUUGGAGUAAAUAAGAAGCACCUGGUAUGCACAGUAUUUGAUUUUGCGUCAGCAAAACCACAGUCUAUGGUGCACGAAAGUAUUUCAGAUUUCCAAAAGGCAUACACUUCGGGAGGAUUUUAUCCCACUCUUUUGGAAUGUAGUUUGGUUGGAAAAAGUUUUCUUUGACAUUUUCCAAAGUCUUAAGUCACAGAGGAGCCAAAGGGCUUAUGUAAUGGAAAUACUGUAUAAAAUGAAUUUGUAUGAGAGUUUUACAUGAAAAUAUAAUAUUUUGAAACAGCCACAGGUUUUUUUUUUUUUAAUGAAGAUAUGGGUGGGUUUGUUUUUUGCAAAAUCUGUAAAUUGCUAUCUUACUAUGUUGUUUGUAUUGAGUAGCACUUUUGUAAUGGAUUAUAUUUGAACAACUUAUUCAGACCUGAAAUGUCUUUCAUAUUUGUAUGUUUUUCAGCAAGGCCAAGUAUAUUUUUUCCGGCAUAUGCCACUACGUUAAAUAUACAGCUAGAUGUCCAAUUAACUUAUUUUCUAUAUUCAAAAUCAAGAACUAUGUGAGACAAAUAUGUUUUAUUAUUACAAUAAAUGUUACAAUUUUAAAAUAAAAUGCAUUCCAAAGAUUGAGUGAAAGAUAUUUAUACAACAUUGAAACAUCUUUAUAUGAAAUACAGGUUUAUGGGCUUUAUGUAAUUGGGCUUUAUGUAGCCUGCAUGUGCUAAUUUUCUCUAAUUGCCAAUGUUGAUUAUUUGGUUACAAUUGUAACUGCAUUUCUAACAGUUGGUUGGUUCUGUCAUGUUGUGGGCUAUGAAAGUGUUUGUGGUUACACGGGCUGCAAAUUGUAAAAGGAUUUGUACUUCUGCUUUAGCCUUCAUAAAAAAUAUAAUACAUGGCUAACAAAGGAA